AUGGCUUUCUCCGUCGAGGUAACGAGCCGGGUGGGCGUGAGCAAGGACAAUCCUGAUUACAGCUCAUUUCGCAAAUGGCUCACCCCAAUCAAGGCGCGCGCCACUAUCCACCCAGAUGAGAGCAGACCUCCUAUCCAAAUAGGAGAGGCACUCGGUUUCAUUAUCAGCCGGUCCGCGAUCCGUUUGGAGUUCCGUGACAUCAUGGAAGCUCCCCACAAAGGAACCAUGGACCUCGCCCUUGACUUAUUUGACCGGUACGGACGGCUCAAGGAAGAAAUUAGAGAGCAUGCCCUGCGAAAGGGCUCGGGUGUAUGGGGCAAAGAAUUGGAUGAAGGGAACCUCGUGUUGAUUGAAGAUAUCCUGGUGGAGAGGAAACACCGGAGGAAACGGGUCGGGUCAAAGCUCGUCUUGCACAUCCUAGAAGAGGCCAUGAAGCCACGGAACCGCAGGGCCGACAAACGCACCACACUACCGCAUCACGAAGACUCUGAUCCGAGGCGCGAGGAUGAGGAAAUGCUCGACAGCGACUCUGACGAAGAGCUUGUUGAAUGUCACGAGGAUUUCACGCAGACUAGGCACAAGAAGAGCGAGUGGGACGAGCGUUGGUGUGCAAAAACACUCCUGGACAAAGAAGCUCUCAUCUUCUUGAAGUCCCACACGCGGGACGGAGUCUUGGAAGAGUUCCCUCUUGGGUCUAAGGACGGACGCGGUGACACUGUUCUCCACGUUGCCGCAAAGGCUUCUAAGCCUCGCUGUGUGGCGUGGCUUCUUCGGCAACCGACUGAGGCAAAACUCGCCGAGACCAGAAACUAUGCGGGCUAUACACCAUUGGAAGCACUACAGGCGCAGCUAGAAACCCGCAGAAUACAGGUGCCUUUCGGCCACGGCCGUGUGCGACUUGUGGCAGAUAAGUUCGAUGGUUUUGAUGAAGACUCCGUGACGAGCCUUCUCCUACUCCAAGGAGAGAUGACGCCGUCACCUGAGCAGCUGAUGAGGGCUAAGUUUGGUUGUAGUUGCAGCCAGUGCCUGGGAGGCUUCUUGAGCCCGCGCAUGUUGAAGAAGCUGAGUGAUCAAGCCCAUAUGCAACACGCGUUUCUCACCAAUCUCCGCCAACCUGGUGAAAAUGGCUGGUAUACAGAAUUUAAGGACUUACUUGCUUAUUUUCCUGAAUCUUUCCGGUCUCAGGUCAGGCACAGCAAGGCUCUCCAAACAGCCUUUGUCUUGCUCAUGAGCGCUGUGGCUGGCUGCCUCUCUGGAAGGAAAAUCCCCUGCAAGGCUUCUGUUGUCGAAUAUCUUCAAGGUACCGAGCCGUGGGAGCGGGUUCAAAGUCAGUAUUUCUCGAAAGGUGGAACGGUCGCUUGUGUAGCAAAUGCCGUUUUCGGCAAUGCCGAACAUCUCGAUCUAGAGGUUGGUGAUACGAUCGAAGACACGGAGCCGGAGGAAUAUUACAAGGGCCUUCCAACGUGCCGCAAUGAUUUCGAAUUUGAGUUUGUCCGUCGCCAUUGUGCUGACGACGCCCCUCCGGAAAAGGACCCCUUGCCGGUACCAAUGCCAUGGCUCAUGGAUAUGUUUCGCUUGGAUUUGGAGGGAAAGGAUGUAUUCGAGCAUAUGGGCAUGUGA